AUGGAGACUGCAAUGCUGAACUUACGGAGUCUCUACGACCAGCUCGUGCACCAGGCUGAGCUGCUGAGUGAAGGCAACGAAUCCCAGUUCAUUCAGUUAGCCAAGAGCUUCGAAGAGCACAGGAGGAGGUGGCAGAGGACGGAGCAGGAGCUGGGCAGGUACAAGGAUCUGCUCAUGAGGGCCGAGGCCGAGCGCAGCGCGCUGGACGUGAAGCUGAAACACGCCCGCAACCAGGUGGACGUGGAGAUCCAACGGCGGCAGAAAGCUGAGACAGACUGUGAGAAGCUGGAGAGGCAAAUCCAGCUGAUCCGAGAGCUGCUCAUGUGCGACGCGUCCGGGAGCAUCCAGCUGAGCGAGGAGCAGAAGUCUGCCCUCGCCUUCCUCAACAGGCCCCAGGCUUCUCUGGGGGGUCCAGCCAACAAAAGGUUGUCUACAAUAGAUGAAUCUGGCUCAAUUCUGUCAGACAUCAGCUUUGACAAGACUGAUGAGUCACUGGACUGGGAUUCCUCUGUGGUGAAAGCUGUCAGGCUGAAGAGGAGAGAGAAGCGGCGCUCUUCCAGGCAGUUCAUCGAGGGCCCACCCUGUCCCCAGAAGAAAACCCGCUCCAUUGGCUCCACAGUGGACCAGGGGAACGAAUCCAUAGUGGCAAAGACAACCCUCAUGGUCCCCAACGAUGGUGGCCCAAUUGAAGCCAUUUCCACUAUCCAGACUGUGCCCUGUGGUCUGAGAAGCCGGAGGAAGAGUGGUCCUCUGCAGCCGUGGAGCAGCGAGUCCAGCCUUGGCAGCAAGCAGCCAGACUCCAAAUCAGAGACUGAGAGCUGUGGCACCCCCCAGAGCAACGGGGGGGUGAGGCUGCACGACUUUGUCUCCAAGACGGUUAUCAAGCCAGAGUCGUGUGUGCCUUGUGGGAAGAGGGUGAAAUUUGGGAAGAUCUCCCUGAAGUGCCGGGACUGCCGCGUGGUCGCCCACCCCGAGUGCCGGGACCGCUGCCCCCUGCCCUGCAUCCCCACCCUGACAGGCACCCCAGUCAGAAAUGGGGAGGGGACCCUGAUGGACUUUGUCCCUUCUACUCCUCCAAUGAUCCCUUCCAUCAUAGUGCACUGUGUUAACGAGAUCGAGCAGCGAGGGCUGCACGAGAUGGGCCUCUACCGGGUGUCUGGCUGCGACAAGACUGUGAGGGAGCUGAAAGAGAAGUUUCUCAGAGGAAAAAACAUCCCUUUGCUCAGCAAGGUGGAUGAUAUCCACGCUGUCUGUGGCCUUCUCAAGGACUUCCUGCGCAGCCUGAAGGAGCCUCUCCUCACCUUCCGCUUAAACAAGACCUUCAUGGAAGCUGCAGAAAUCUCAGAUGAGGACAACAGUGUUGCUGCUUUGUAUCAAGCCAUUGGUGAACUUCCUCAGGCCAACAAGGACACCCUGGCUUUCCUCAUGAUCCACCUGCAGAGGGUGGCUCAAAGCCCAGAGACUAAAAUGGAUGUUACCAACUUGGCCAAAGUCUUUGGCCCCACGAUAGUUGCCCAUGCAGUGCCUGACCCUGACCCCAUGACCCUCCUGCAGGACACGAAGCGACAGCCCAAGGUUGUGGAGAGACUUCUGCUGCUCCCCAUGGACUACUGGAGCCAGCUGAUGAUGGUGGAGCAGGAAAACAUCGACCCAGCACACGUCAUUGAGAACACCAAUGCCUUCUCCACUCCACAGACCCCUGAUGUUAAAGUGAGCAUGCUUGGACCCCUCACCACUCCAGAGCAGCAGCUCUCCAAGACCCCCUCAUCCAACUCCCUGUCCCAGAGGGUCAGGUCCACCUUCAGCAAAACCACCCCCAAAUUUGGGAGCAAAAGCAAGUCAACGACCCAGCUUGGGCAUCAGGGCAACUUCUUUGCCUCUCCUCUGCUGAAGUGA